AUGCUAUUGAGUGCGCUUUACUUUUGGGAGAGGUCUACUAAUUGCCUUCAUGUCCCAUUUGGCAUGAUUACCCCAACCCUCCUGGAUGUUGCUGCCAUCACUGGAUUAUGGCCUAUUGGCGAUGAUUAUCACUCAGUGCCUGCGGCUGCUAAGCCCAUCUCGAUUCCUACUGAUAACAUCUCAUUUGGCCGGUUUAUUAAGGACCAUUAUGUCGAGAAUGACGAAGUGUCCGAUGCUGAACAUGUUGCGUUCCUGUUGUAUUGGCUUUCAGCUUAUGUCUUUUGUACCAAGUCCUUGCGCACACCCGCUAAGCUUUUGCCUUUAGCCAACCUGCUCCACGAGGGUCGACAACUCGCUAUGGCUAGGCUUGUUCUCGGCAACCUCUAUCAAAUUAUGAAUGAAGCUGUCGAGGACGUUCGGAGCACCAAGACCAUUUCUUUGAAUGCGGCUGGACCUCUGUGGUUAUUUCAACUUUGGUUGAAUGCGGUUUUCGAAUCUCUCUUACCGGUGCGAGACAAUCCUCCGACUGGUUUUAGCACUGGGAUUGAUGCUCAUAGGCUUGAAACCUUGACCCCGGCCUAUGACUCGUCGAGUUUUGAAGCUGACUUCAGGAGAUAUUUUACCACGUUUCUUGAGCUGAAGCAUUAUCGACCUAGUUUUUCUCCUUAUAGCAAAGCUAGUCGUGGCCCUUUCUGGCUGAGGAACUCUUACCCUAACGCAUGUGACCCCACAUCACCCAAGGAACACCACGUUACUCUCUGGAGGACAAUCCUUUCACCUAGGGUUUUGACUGUAGGCUUUGCUAGUAACGACUAUACUUUAUGUGGCUAUAACCCUCAAUUGCUAUCUCGACAAUUCGGGUUUAGCCAAGCUUUGCCCAACACCCUGUUCGACAAGAGCCUUGUCCUAUACCCCGCGACCAUCAAGAAGGCUUCUGCUUUUGACACGACGGUUCAUUUCUACAACAAGAAGCUUCUCAAACUGAGCCCUUUCAACUAUGCUCCUUCGUACUAUGCCACUAAUGCUUUCAAAACCUGGUGA